AUGAACACUCAAUUCAAUAUGGCGGCGCCCAUACGACUUGCCGCUUUCUGUCGCCGGGUGAGGAUAGCACACCCUGUUAAACAUUAUAAACGAUAUUUAUCUUUCUCUGUCAACAGAAACACUGUACCAGGAGAUGAUCCAGAAUCCCGACAGACACAUUUCGGCUAUGAAUCAAUACCAGAACAGGAUAAAGAAGAGAGGGUUUAUGAAGUGUUUAAAAAUGUUGCUAGCAGUUAUGACUUGAUGAAUGACACAAUGAGUAUGGGUGUCCAUCGAGUGUGGAAGGAUAAUUUUAUAAACAAAUUGGCACCACUUCCAGGAACACAACUACUAGACGUAGCUGGGGGCACAGGUGAUAUUGCUUUCAGAUUUUUAGAAUACACAAAAUAUUUAGAGAAAAAACAAGGAAUAACAAACACAGGAUGGAGUGAUGAUGAUUCAGACUUUGAUUUAACAAAGGAUAUUUCAGCACAGGCUUUUGGUAUUCCUGAACAUUAUGCAGAAGAUCAAGAUCUGCCAAAGUCUGAUUCCUCUUCGAGCUCUUCUGAAGAAGAGGAUAUAUCAAAAGUUACAUCACCAAAAACCCACGUAACUGUCUGUGAUAUCAACAAAGAAAUGCUGGAGGUCGGGAAAGAGAGAGCAAAGGAAAUGGGUUUAGCAGAAGGUCUGUCUUGGGUACAAGGUAAUGCUGAGAGUCUGUCAUUUGGGGACAACCUUUUUGAUGCCUAUACCAUCGCAUUCGGAAUCCGUAACUGUACUCAUAUAGACAAGGUGGUGGAGGAGGCGUAUCGAGUUUUAAAACCAGGAGGACGAUUUAUGUGUUUGGAGUUUAGUCACGUUUCAAACCCACUUCUCCGCAGUGUGUAUGAUAACUACUCGUUCCAAGUAAUACCGGUAAUGGGACAAGUCUUGGCUAGGGAUUGGAAGUCAUACCAGUAUUUAGUGGAGAGCAUUCGACAGUUUCCAAACCAGGAAGAAUUUGCUACACUUAUUAGAAAAUCUGGGUUCAAAAUGGUGUCCUACGAGAAUUUGACUUUUGGUGUUGCUGCCAUUCAUUCAGGAUUUAAACUCUGAGAAUUCUGUAAACAAAUGAGAGAUUUCCGUCAACUCUAAGUGAGGUGGGGUUUGUCUGAAGUGGAUCCUGUGCAAGCGGAUUAUGUUUUCUCUCAACUGACAUUUUACUGGAAUUAUUUGGUUUCAGAAACAGUGUAAGGAUUUUUUAAUUGUUGAACACGUUUAUUUAUUUCUACGGUUUUGGUACCGAGGCGACAUUGAUGUUAAUCACCAGAGUAUUGAACUUUACUGUUGAAAUAUUGUUUAUCUUAAUGUAUUACAAAUAUGAUCUCUGAAGAUCUGAUUUUUUAUAUUUAUCCGACAAUAAUGCCAUGGAUCCAAGCUAUCACUUCUUACUCAAAGUCAGGAUUAUUACAGGACAAGAAAUAGCAUUGAUUAUUAAAUUUACUGAAUGUAAAGUAAUCAUGGGUAGGCUUAUUGAAGGAUAGGCUUAUUGUGAUAAAGAUACAAUAGUUUUCUUUGUCUCUAGUUUUUAGGUCAUCUGACUGAAGCGUCUGAUGACCUAUUGCGAUCACCUUUUGUCCGCCAUCAUCCAUCAUAAACAUUUUCAACUUCUCCUCAAGUUAUACAUGUCUCAUUGAGCUGAAACUUACCUGAAAUGAUCGUGUCAUGAUCCUGACCAAAGUUUGUUAAUUUCGGGUUGGUCCGAAAUCCAACAUGGCCGCCAUCUUGAAAACACAUUUUCAACUUCUUAUCAAGUUCAAAAUUUGAAAUCUUUUAUUUUAUGUCAGAUGACCGUUAAGGCCCAUGGGCCUAUUGUCUUAAGUUCUUUGCCUUGUAAGAUGAAGUAGAUGUCGCGUAACAGUACGUGGAAAUUCGAAAGCUUUGGAUUUUAAAGAUUGGUUGUAUGGAUGAUACCACAGCUGUCAUAGAUGAAGAAUUUAUAUUGAUACUGGUUUAUAACUUUAGCUCUAAACUUUGCUAAUUGUAACCUCUGGAAGUUUGAUGGUUUAUUUGUCCUUAACACUCAAGUGUGCCAAUUGAUUAACCCUGCUAUAAUGUUCAGAUUACUAGAAUAUAUAUUAAUGAUUGAAGAAAUGUUAUUUUGUAAUAAAGAUGUCUUUGUAAUAUA